CAUGCGGGAUGAAAACACUCGUGGAAGUCAGCAAGACGCACCCGAUGGUCUUUUUUUUGGUGCAACUUUUCAUCAUGUAUUUGAGGGACGAAUUGCUCUAUUUCCAUCACAGGCUCCUUCAACUUUAAAAUAAAGUUACUGGACGCUGAUUGUUGAGCUUUGUUUUGUCUUUUUCUAAAUUAUGAUCAACGACACCAUCGCAUUGGACGCGAAUGGUUCCGAGCCGCAUCUCCCUCUGGGUCACAACCACAGUGUGUUCCCUACGCUGAGGCUCGAGUCCAAGUCUCUGGCCACCUCAGCCACUAUGUUCGGCGUGGGCGUCCUGGGGAACCUCAUCGCCAUCGUGGUGCUGUGCAUCUCCAAGAAGGAGCAGAAGGAGACCACUUUCUACACGCUGGUGUGCGGUAUGGCGAUCACGGACCUUCUGGGCACAUGCUUCACCAGCCCGGUGGUGAUAGCCACCUACGUGGCGAACCGCUGGCCCGGUGGAGCUCUGCUUUGUCACUUCUUCUCCUUCUCCAUGCUCUUCUUCGGCUCCGCCGGCAUGUCCAUCCUGUGCGCCAUGGCGGUGGAAAGAUACCUGGCCAUCAACCACGCCUACUUCUACUCCCAGCACAUAGACAGAACCAUGGCUCGCUUCGCCCUUCUCGCUGCCUACUUGGCCAACAUCGUCCUGUGCAUCAUGCCCAGUUUUGGCUUCGGUAGGCACGUCAGGCACUUUCCAGGAACUUGGUGCUUCUUGGACUGGAGGGCGAUGGAUCCACUUGGCGCUUGCUACUCCUUCCUCUACGGCGGGGUGAUGCUGUUGCUCAUCGCAGUGACGGUGCUGUGUAACUUGGCCGUGUGCAAGUCUCUGGUGGGGAUGAACCAGAGGACGGGGAUCGUCCGGGCAGAGGUGUGCGACCAGGGGGGCUCACGGCGCCGCUUCCCGCGACUGCAGUCGGUUACCUCAGCGGCGGAGAUCCAAAUGUUCUGGCUCCUUGUUUUCAUGACCAUCGUUUUCCUGGUGUGCUCUAUCCCUCUAGUGGUGAGAAUCUUUGUAAACCAGCUUUACGAUCCUGCUUAUAUUUCUGCUGGAGGGAAUCCAGACUACCGCAGCGACCUGUUGGCCAUCCGCUUCGCCUCCUUCAAUCCAAUUCUGGACCCGUGGGUGUACAUUCUGUGCAGGAAGAACCUGCUCUUGAAGGGCUGUGGGAGGCUCAAGCGGGCAGUGACUCGAGUGAAAGAAAGUGGAGGUGACAAUAUAGGCUGGAUCGGGGAUCAGGACUCCCCGCCAUCUUUAAAUACGAACGACACCAGCUACGCGUCAUUACGCAGGAAAGACAUGGAACAGCGAGCGGCCAUCGGGAACGCUCCAUCUUUCACAGACUUCGCAGUGAGACACGCGUGGGACUACGACAUAGCUCGGGUCAACUUCCACCCGUUCAGCGUCGAACGGACCACCGUGCAAGGAGCCGAGGAGGAAGCACCAGUUGAUCCAAAGCAGGGGGAGUCGUCGGUGACGGCGUCACCAGCUCACGCCCCUUCUACACACAUCAGAAGAGACGAGAUGGUCACAUGCACAUUCGGUACCCCCAGCUCGUGUCAGUCACUAAAAUACCUCUAAUUAUCUUACAAUGGACUUUUUUAGGACUCUUUAGGAUUUGAGUGAUCUCAGCAGUGGCAGCUCGCAUGACUGGAUCAUGACACUCACUGGACACAUCAUUAGGAACACCUGCACCUACAACAGCUACAUCACAAUGUUGCAUCCGGUAAUAGUAACGCUCAAUUAUGAUUGGCACUGAAACAUAUCAUUUUAGUAUUCUGGCAGUCUUUUACAGUUAUAUGACAAGGGCAAAAUAUGAGGAAAAUAUGAGUGGAUAACUUUACAGAACUGCAACCUCAGUAAUACAAGAGAUGAAUACCUCCUUGACAGAGUCAAUAAACCGAGUACUUUUAUCUCGAUACAGCUCUUGUAUUUGGCUUUCACUGGUCUGUGCACGUGUACCUAAUGUUGUGACUUGUGAGUGUAAGUACAGGGGCUACUGGAUCUUAUUUGAUUGAGCAGAUGUAUGUAUGUAAUAGGUUGGCUCGUUGGUAUAUUUCAAGAAUCUGUGGCUAAUAUUUUAAUAAUACUGGUCAAAUCUGGUGUUGAACCUGCUGCACAGAAAACCGUUUAAAAAACAACAAGGAUCCAGUCUAAAAUAUUGUGUUUGUUCAUUUAAUUAGUCAUGUUUUACUUUUUUUGACAGCUUGACUGAUAAGCGUGGCAGUGGAAAACAACCCAACCAAAUUGGAUUUACAUUUAAUUAGCUUGUGUAUUUGACUUAAAAAAAAAAACAGCAUGAAAAGUGGGCCAUACCCGGACAUGACAGUGUUUAAUUCUAGUGUCACUUCAGGGUCAAUCUCUCUAUGAAACAUGGACAUGAGUUGAAUGAAAUAUUUCUUCAGUG